AUGGCGAUCUUGGACAAGAUCCGUCACCUCGCCGGUGACAAGCAGUCUAGUGACGACACGCAAAGCCCUCCUGAUGCAACGAGUUUCGACAAUGGCCACCCUAGAGACAAUAAGGAAGCCGAAGCGGGCUCUUCAGAUGCAUUCUCCCACGACAAAAGUCCCAGGGACACAACACCGGCGGAGGAUGCACAACUGGGAGUCAAGAAGAUUGAGGCAGUGACGUUGGCCUGGUCCAAGACGGCGCUGGCUACCAUCUUGAUACUCAUCUGGCUCUUGACUCUAGUCAACAACUUCAAAUCGACCAUUGUUCUCAGCUUGACCCCCUUCGCCACGAGUGAUUGGCAGUCACACUCCCUCCUGACGGUGAUUGGCAUAGUGUCCAACGCCAUGACAGCGGCGGUUUAUAUCCCUACGGCCAAGAUGCUGGACGUCUGGGGACGAGCCGAAGGCUUCUUGCUCAUGCUUGGGCUGUGUAUUUUGGGCCUGAUUCUCAUGGCUUCGUCGGCGAAUCUUUCCACCUAUUGUGCCGCUCAGGUCUUUUACUCUGUUGGCUUUGGAGGGCUCUCGUACAGCUGGAACGUUCUUGCCGCCGACGUUACCAACCUCCGCAAUCGAGGGCUGGCGUUCGCAUUCACCUCAUCUCCAGCUGUGAUUACGGCGUUUGCGGGAUCCAAGGCCGCCGAAGGCUUUCUCAACAACGUAUCUUGGCAAUGGGGCAUGGGGUGCUGGGCCAUCGUCCUACCGUGUGUCGGGCUGCCAUUGUAUGUGAUCCUGAGGCACAAUCUGCGCAAGGCCGAGAAGAAAGGGAUCAUCGUCCGCGAGAAAAGCGGGCGGACCUGGCCGCAGCAAAUCCAAUAUGUCCUCAUGGAAUUUGACCUACCGGGCGUGAUAUUGUUCGCCGGUGGCAUGACGGUGUUCCUGCUUCCAUUCACGCUCGCCAGCAGGGCCCCUCACGGCUGGAAAACCGACUACAUCAUCGCCAUGAUCGUAGUCGGCUUCGUCGUGCUGGUGUUCUUCGUGCUGUACCAGGUCUACUUGGCGCCCACACCGUUUCUCAAGUCUCAGUUCCUCUUGAACCGGACCGUGCUCGGCGCAUGCCUCCUCAACAUGACUUACCAGAUCUCUUACUAUUGCUACGCGAGCUACCUCUCGUCCUUCCUCAUGGUGGUGUACAACCUCACACAGUCCGAGGCCGGAUACGUCGCCAAUACGUUCAGCGCCGUGUCGUUUCUGUGCCUGUUCGUCACGGGCUGGAUCAUCCGCGUCACGGGACGGUUCAAGUGGAUUCUCUGGAUCUGCGUGCCGCUGUACAUCUUCGGCGUCGGCCUGAUGAUCCAUUUCCGCCAGCCCAAUGGGUACAUCGGCUACAUUGUCAUGUGCGAGAUCUUCUUCUCCGUGGCGGGGUGCGUCUUCAUCCUGUGCGUGCAGCUGGCUGUCCUCGCCACCGUCGACCACCAGUACGUCGCCGCGGUUUUGUCGACACUGUUCGUGAGCGGCACCAUCGGCGGAGCCAUCGGGGACGCCAUCUCGGGCGCCAUCUGGACGAACACGUUCGAAAGUGCCCUCGAGCGCAAUCUGCCCGCGUCCGCCCUGCCCGACCUCAUCUCCAUCUACGGCAGCUUGGUGGUCCAGCUCUCGUAUCCAGUCGGAACCCCCGAGAGACUGGCCAUACAAAAGUCGUACGGUUAUGCCCAGGUCCGCAUGCUCGCUGCGUCUUGCGCCAUUAUGGGCUUGGGUUUCGUGUGGGUGGCCAUGAUAAAGAAUUUGAACGUCAAGAAGAUGACGCAGACAAAGGGCAACGUGUUGUAA